AUGAUUGCCAAGGUUUUGGGAUUCAUAGCUCUCGUAGCUUUGGUCCAAGCAGGAGAUUUUGAACUUCAUCAUGGAGAACAUGGAACUUCCUAUUCAUCUGUAAACUUCGUCGCUGCUCCGACUGUUGUGAAAACUGCUCACGUUGCUCCAAUUGCCCAUGUCGCACCAGUAGUACAUGUUGCUCCAGUGGUUACUAAAGUGGUAGCACCAGUUGUACAUAAGGAAAUUUAUCCUGAUACUCCGGCUCAUUAUUCGUUCGAAUAUGGAGUUAAUGAUGCCCAUACCGGUGAUGUCAAGAACCAGCACGAAGAACGUAAUGGAGAUGUCGUAAAAGGAUAUUACACAUUGGUUCAACCUGAUGGUGUCACUCGUACCGUACACUACACUUCCGAUGCUCACAGUGGUUUCAAUGCUAACGUCGAGUACAAAGGAGAACCAGUUGUUCAAAAAGCUGUAGUUACUAAAACCAUCGUUCCAGCAAAAAUUGCCGUAACUGCUCCUUUCUUAGGUUUUGCAGCUCUUGUGGCUUUUGCUCAUGCUGGAGUUUAUGAACUCCAUCAUGGAGAGCACGGAACAUCAUAUUCUUCAGUAAACUUAGUUGCAUUUCCGGCUGUCGUGAAGACUGCUCACGUUGCUCCAAUUGCACACGUUGCACCGGUAUUUAAAGUAGCACCUGUAGUUGCUAAAGUAGUAGCUCCAGUUGUUCAAAAAGUAGUCUAUCCUGACACACCAGCUCAUUAUUCCUUCGAAUAUGGUGUUAAUGAUGCCCACACUGGAGAUGUAAAGAACCAACAUGAAGAACGUGAUGGCGAUGUAGUUAAGGGAUACUACACUUUGAUUCAACCUGAUGGCGUCACCCGUACCGUCCACUACACAUCAGAUGCUCACAAUGGUUUUAAUGCCAACGUUGAAUACAAAGGAGAACCAAUCGUCCAAAAAGCUGUAAUUACUAAAGCCAUUAUUCCAGCGAAAGUAGCAGUAGCUGCUCCUGUAUAUCAUGGAUACCACCAUUAA